AUGGAGGAGCAGAGUCUAAGCCAGAGGUGUGUGGCGGCCAAUAUGGGCAGGAAAAAAGGGAAGGAAACCUCUGUGGCUUUGUUGAGCACUAGUACUGGUGUGUUGGUCGUAGUUGUUUGUCUGAGUUUGCUCCCAAACACUAAUGGGCAGGCCUGUCGAACCCCAUUUCGCUGUUCUUCUCCACCCCAUCACCUACCUUCUCGCACUCAGCACCGACCACCACCGCCACCACUAAAACGUGGGCGACCAUCACCUCCACCACCAAAACGUUGGCGACCACCUCCACCUAUACAUCGGCGACUACCACCAACCCCAAUCACCACCACCACCACCACAACCAAAAACAUCACCACCACCACCACCACCACCACCACCAAAAACAUCACCACCACCCCGACCUCCAAAAUCAUCACCACCACCACCACCUCCUCUAGAAACACCACCACCACCUCCACUAGAAGUACCAGCACCACCACCCCCAAAAAGGUCAAAACCAUCCCCACCAAAAACACCACCACCUCCUCCAGAAACAUCAACAACACCACCGCCACCACCGAAGACAUUAACACCACCACCACCACCACCACCACCACCAAAGGUAUCAAUACUACCGCCACCACCGCCCCCACCAACAACAAAACCAACGCCACCAAGGAAGCGAUCACCACCACCUCCUCCAGAAACAUCGACAACACCACCGCCACCACCACCGCCACCACCACCACCACCACCACCAAAGGGACCAAUACUACCGCCACCACCGAAACCAUCAACACCGUCACCACCACCCCCACCAAAAACAAAACCAACGCCACCAAGGAAGCGAUCACCACCACCUCCUCCAGAAACAUCAACAACACCACCGCCACCACCAAAGACAUUAAUACCACGACCACCACCGCCAAAAGCACCAAUACUACCGCCACCACCGCCACCACUGAAAAUAUCAACACCGUCACCACCGCCCCCACCAAAAACAAAACCAACGCCACCAAGGAAGCGAUCACCACCACCACCUCCUUCUCGUCGUUAACGUCGUCUCCUUCCUCCUCCUCAGUUGAGCUCUACAACGCCACCUCCCAUCACCACCGUCACUGCCUAACCAACAUCCUUCACCACCACCGCCACCACCACCACAACCACCACCACCACCACCACCACCAACAUAGAAGAAACCUCCUCACGACUCCCUCACCACUGCUGGCUACCUGAUGAUGUAUGCGGCCAACCUUCGCCAUCUUGACAACCAAGACAAGGUUGAGAGGCAACUUCAACUAGUUAUAUGUGACUUAUAUAAACUGCAUUUCUUAAGGACAGAGUUCGGUUGUGUUUAUUCACACGACAGGUGUUCAAAUCUUUAUGCAAGAAAUAGUGAUCAUACUAUAUGGAGAAUAAAGCUGGCUCCUGGUUACUUUUGUCAGCAUAUGUAAUAUGUAAUAAAGAGUAAAGUGCGCAAUCAUAUUGUCAUUUACAUCUGUUUGGAAUGAAACUAUGUGUAAGAUCGUAUUACAACUGUGUUUUAGUUGGAAA